AUGGGUUCCUCCAAGAAGAACCUCAAGGCGACGAAGAAGUUCGAGAAGAAGCACCUGAAGGGUGUUCUCGACAAGAGGAAGGAAACGGCGAAGAUCAAGCAGCGCGCGCAGGUCAAGGCGAAGAAGCAGUCGAAGCGGCCCAAGGAUGAAGAGUUCUUCAAGGGCGACCCUGCGGCGAAAAAGCCAAAGGGCAACCAGAAGGAUGCUACCGUGAGCGCCAUGAGCGUUGACGACUUUUUCCAGGGUGGCUUCGAGGACAUUAUCGACAAGAAGAAGGGCAAGAAGCAGACUGGCAAGCGGAAGCGCGGUGCGCCGGAGGGAGACGACGAGGACUCGGAUGCAGGCAGCGGCUCCGAAUUUUCUGUCGAGGACCAACCCGUUGGCAGCGACAGCGAGGACGAUGCCCAAGAUGACGAUGCGGACGACGAGAACCUCGGCAUGACACAGGCAGCUAUGGACAAGCUCGCUACCGACGACCCCGAGUUCUAUAAGUUCCUGAAGGAGAACGACCCCGAAGCCCUCGAUUUCGACGAGAAUGCCGACAUGGCUGAGAUCGAUGAGCUCAGUGCCGGCAGCGACCAGUCGGAGGACGAGCAACCGAAGAAGAAGCGGAAGAAGGCCAAGAAGGAGGCCGAAGAGGAGGUCUUGCUCGACAACGAGCUCACACGCGAGAUGGUCGCCAAGUGGAAGAAGUUGAUUGUGGAGAAGCAGAGCUUGCGCGCUGCCAGACAGAUCGUGCUGGCGUUCCGCUGCGCUGCCCAUCUCAACGAGGACGACGCCGAGGAGAGCUCUGCAGCAGCGCAAAGAUACAGCAUCAACAGCCCCGAGGUGUUCCACGACGUCUUGAUUGUCGCCCUGAAGCAGAUUCCCGCUGUCGUUUCCCACCACCUUCCCAUCAAGGAGUCUGCCUCUGGCAAGAUCUACGUGCCCACCGACUCCAAGAAGUUCCACACCCUCUCGAUCAUGAUCAAGACAUUCACUGCAUCCAUCAUCCACCUGCUCGGCACGUUGUCCGACGACGCCACCCUCAAGCUCACUCUCGGGUCAUUAGAGCCGCUCGUGCCCUACCUGCUUUCCUUCCGAAAGCUCCUCAAGGUCCUUAUCAAGACGGUAGUCAACUACUGGGCCAGACCGGCCAGCUCAGAACCCACAAAGAUUACUGCUUUCCUCGUUCUGAGGAAACUGGUAGUCAUCGGAGACAAGGGUGUUCGUGAGACCGUUCUAAAGGCGGUUUACCAGGGACUUGUGUCAGGAUCCAGAGCAACAAACACCAACACCAUUCAGGGCAUCAACCUGAUGAAGAGCUCUGCCGCAGAACUUUGGGGCAUCGACCAAAACGUCGGUUACACGACGGCCUUCACUUUCAUUCGCCAAUUGGCCAUCCAUCUGAGAAACAGCAUCGUGAAGAAGGAGAAGAACUCGCACAAGAUCAUCUACAACUGGCAAUAUACCCACUCGCUCGACUUCUGGUCAUGUGUACUCGCCGAGCACUGCAGUCCCCUGAAGGAGGCGGAAGCGGGCAAGGAGGGCCAAUUGAAGCUCUUGAUUUACCCCCUCGUGCAGGUGACCAUGGGUGCCAUGCGCCUCGUCCCCUCCUCCACGUUCUUCCCCCAACGUUUCCACCUGGUUCGCUCCAUCCUGCGCCUGUCUCGCGCAACAGACACCUAUAUUCCCCUCGCCUCCGCGCUCCUCGAGGUCCUCGACUCGGCCGAUAUGAAGCGUUUCCCCAAGGCGUCAUCCAUCAAGCCGCUCGACUUCAACCUCGCCUACAAGGCGCCCAAGUCCUACCACCGCACAAGAGUCUACCAGGAUGGGGUGGGAGAGCAGCUCGUUGAGCUCUUCAGCGAGUACUUCACCAUCUGGGCGAAGAACGUUGCCUUCCCUGAGUUCUCCCUGCCUGUCAUUAUUCAGCUGAAGCGCUGGGUUAAACAGGCGCAUAAGAUCAGCACGGGCAACAAGAACAACAAGGUCAUCUCCAUGAUCGUUCUCCUGGUGCAGAAGCUGGAGGCCAACGCCAAGUUCAUCGAGGAGAAGCGGUCAAAGGUCGAAUUCGCACCCAAGGACCGCGCUCAGGUGGAUGCCUUCCUCCGCGACUUUGACUGGGAGAAGACGCCACUCGGUGCUUACGUCGUCGUGCAGCGCAAGAUGCGUGAGCAGAAGGCCAAGGCUCUGGAAGAGGCGAGGAAAGAGGAUGAGAAGAAGCGCAAGGAGGAGGAGAAGGAGGCUCUUGCUGCCAAUGCUGAGGGUGACGAUUCUGAGGAAGAGUACGGUGACGAGCUCAUGGACGGCGAGGAUGGCGAAGAUGCCGAUGACAUGGAUGAGGAUGAGGAUGAAGAGGACGAUGUCAUGGAGGAUGACAGUGAGUAG